GAAGUUGUAUCCACGGACAUCCGUGUCAACGUAAAAUGGACUCCUCGAGUUAGUUGUAUUUUGACGAAAAUACUAGGGGUUUGGGGGCGCUCUUUUUGUGUUGAAUUUAGCUGAAAGGCACCCUUUACCUAUCAUGUGGGACCACGAAAUCAGAGCCAUGGCGUCCUCGCACGCCAUCAUCGCCUCCUCGGUGUUGAUGGCCACCGUCCUGCCCGCUGUGGCCGUGCAGGACUUCUCGGUGUACGGCACACACCUGCUGUGGCUGUACCUGGUUGCUGGAACUGUGUCUUUGGUCAACAUCGCCGUCUUCUGGCUGCUGGGCAUCGGACCGCCCACCAAAAAGCACACACUCGGCUCUAAGCUCUCUAGAAUGGUUCGCUCUUGUCUCUACCUCCUCCUGUCAUGUCUGUUCUUCCACAGCGUGGUGGUUUUAUAUGGAGCACCGUUGAUUGAGUCCGCCCUGGAGACAUUCUCUCUUGCUGUGCUGUUGACCUCCCUGACUACAUUAAGAUGUCUCUGUGUUCUCGGCCCCAAUGUCCAGGCUUGGAUACGAGUGUUCAGUCGACAUGGGGCUAUGUCUGUUUGGGACACCUCCCUACAGAUUACGGUAGUGUGCACAGUGGUGGGAGCCUGGGUGGGUGCCUUACCCAUACCGCUCGACUGGGACAGGCCUUGGCAGGUGUGGCCCAUUUCCUGUAGCCUUGGCUCUGUAAUCGGCUUCCUGACUGGGCUUGUCGCCGCCCCCACGUGGAUCCAUUAUCAUCGAAAACAACUCACCUACAAGUGCAAAUAAUGGACAGGAGUGUGUCGGCGUCUGAUUGGGAGUGUGUUGCAUUAAAGUCAUCUCAAGGCUAUGUUUUGUAUUCCUACUGUAUUCCUUUGGCUUUCUACUGAUUAUUUAUUGGGAGUAUCAAGCCCCUUAGUCUGGCAAUGGGAACAAAAACAAUUUUUAACUACAAUAGAUGUAAAGCGAUAUUAUUUUGUAUGCAUGAAGGUGAGUGAUGUUCCUCAAGAUUUCUGAUACAAAAUAAAGUG